ACCUGCCAAUUUAUUUAAUGCAAUUUUAUAUAUAUUUUUAAAUAAUCUUUAUUUCAGUAGAAAAAUAAUAAACAAGUAAUCAAUGAUUGAUAUUACAGGGACUGAUUAUGGAGAGUCCACUCGAGCAUGGAUCUGAAGACCAUUGGGUUUGGAACGAACAUGACAAGAGUUGUGAUGUGUGUUUACAUGGACAAGAAUCAAAUCGCUUAUGCCUUGCAUAUUUCCGCCCCCAAUACACAUCUGGUACUGCAGCUGUUAGAGGCACAAAAGUCCUCAAUAAUGGAAGGUACUACUGGGAACUUGAACUUCCUUUGGUGAUAUCUGGAACCACCAUAAUGUUUGGUGUUGCAACGAAAAAGGCAAGACUUAAUGCUCAUUUGCAUAGGAACUUACUAUGGAGAGAUCCGCACAUCUGGAGUUUAUCCCAUGACGGAGCAAUCUUCCAUGGAGGUAAAUGGGCUCAUUACACAGAACCUUUCCAAGAUAGUGUUGCUACAACAUUAGGAGUUCUGUUUGAUGGCAUAGAAGGAACAUUAACUUUUUAUAAAGAUGGUGUUUGUUUAGGAGUGGCAUUUAAGGAUUUACACAAAAUUAAUGAAAACAUAUACCCCAUUAUUGCAUCUACUGCAGGAGUGACAUAUAAACUAUCCUUGAAGAAGAGGGACUUCGGGAGUUUACAAGAAAGGUGUCGAGCUGUACUUCUUUCUCAAUUAAAAGGACCGAAAGUACCAAAAACAGACCUUGGAAGGUUGGUUUUGGUACCUACACCAUCUUUGCCUGUAGCAAUAAGGAACUAUUUAAAUGAAUCUAUAGCAAAAACAGGUGUACGUGCAGAGAGAUUCAAUGAUUUCGAUUGAAUAUAAAAAUGAUGUUUUUUGUGAUUUCUAUCUCCACUUAACGACAUGUUUUGUCAUUAAAUUAUUUUAUUUAUUCGAU